UCAGCGCUUUGUCUCAUCACCUGAACGACUUGUGAACAUGUUUGCUGCAGCAUGUCUGAUGUCUGUCUGUUCCUGUAGGCAUCAGCACCUUCUCCAACAACUCCGGCUCCCUGGAAUACAGUAUUUCAGAGGAGGAGCCGGGUCCUCUACGGAGCGACGCCGAGGCUAAAGGAGGACCUAAGAUCAGCCGCACCUUCAGCUACAUCCGCAACAAGAUGACCAAGAAGAGCAAGGAGAAGGAGAGGAAAGGCGAGAGGGAGCGGGAGAGCAAAGAGAGAGAAAAGAAGAGUGCAAGUGGUCACGUCUUCAUCCCCGCCGGCGCGUCUCCAUCCGCGGCCUGUCAGCACUGCAGCAAAGUCCUCAACAGCAAGGAGACGUUCCUCUGCAACAACUGUGGGGCCCAUGUGCAUAAGUGCUGCAGAGAGAGUCUGCCCACCUGUACAAAGAGCAAAGCAAAGACGUCCUGUGUUUGCUUCCAGCAGCAGUUGCCGGUGGCAGAAGCUGUUCCGGGGUCAGCUGUUAACACCAGGAGUAAAUCUACAUCUUCAGCAUCGUCUGCGUCCUCUACGUCUUCCUCGUCGUCACGGGAACGCUGGUCCACAGCAACCAGCCCUGAAGAGCAGCUCCCCUUGAGUUUUCCACGAAGACACCCAGGUCUGUUCAACCCGCACAGCAACCUGGCAAAGAGCAUCUCCACCAGCAACAUAGCCGGGCUGGACGAAGUGUCACUUAAAGGCCUGAAGUUUCUUUCCCAGUCCACUGACUCUCUGCACAAGGGGGGCAAAGUCAACGCCUCCACGGAGUCCCUGACGGAUGAAGGUACGGAGAUGAUGGACAGCCAGCUGAUGGGAGAGUUUGAGUGCGACACUAAAGAUCUGGAAGCCGACUCUUGGAGCGGCACCAUGGAGAAGAAGUUCUUGAAAUUGUUGAAGAAAGACGAAAUCAAGAAACAAGACGUUAUCUAUGAGUUGUACCAGACGGAGUUCCACCACGUGAGGACGCUGAAGAUCAUGUCUGAAGUCUACUACAAAGGUCUUCAGAAAGAGCUGCAGCUCGACCCUCAAACCCUGGACAAGAUCUUCCCCGUUUUGGACGACAUGUUGGAGACGCACACACAUUUCCUCACUCUGCUCCUGGAGAGAAAGAAAGCUUCAUCAACCGAAGGACAGAACAACAACUACCUCAUCUUCAGCAUCGGGGACGUGCUGCUCAACCAGUUUUCAGGCAGCAGCGCCGAUCGCAUGAAGAGAGUUUACGGGAAGUUCUGCAGUCGCCACAGCGAAGCCGUCAAUCUCUACAAAGACCUGCACGCCAAAGACAAACGCUUCCAGGCGUUCAUCAAGAGAACGAUGAGCAGCAGCAUUGUGCGGCGACUCAGCAUCCCAGAGUGCAUUCUGCUGGUCACCCAGAGGAUCACCAAGUACCCCGUCCUCAUCCAGAGGAUGCUGCAGCACACUAAAGACUCCGAUGAAGACCACGGCUGCGUCUGUGAAGCUCUGCGCUGCGUGAAGGAGAUGAUCACGGCUGUGGACAGCAAGGUCAACGAGCAGGAGAAGAAACAGAAGCUGAGGGAGGUGUACAGUCGCACCGACAGCAAGUCCAUCAUGAGGAUGAAGAGCGGCCAGAUGUUCGCUAAGGAGGACCUGAUUAGAGGGAGGAAGCUGCUGCACGACGGAGCGCUGCAGCUGAAGAACUCCGCCGGGCGGCUCAAAGACGUCCAGGCCAUGCUGCUGUCGGACGUGUUGAUAUUUCUUCAAGAAAAAGACCAGAAAUACGUCUUUGCCUCAUUGGACCAGCGCUCCACCGUCAUCUCUCUGCAGAGCCUGAUAGUCCGAGAAGUGGCCAACGAGGAGCGAGGUCUCUUUCUGAUCACGGCUGGAAUAGAGAAACCAGAGAUGGUGGAGGUGUUGGCCAGCAGCAAGGAGGAGCGCAACACGUGGAGAGCCAUCAUACAGGACGCCAUGCACUGCAUGGAGAAAGACGAGGACGAGGGAGUCCCCAGUGAGACAGAAGAAGACCGGAGGCAGCAGGAGAGCAGAGCGAAGGAGAUCCGAGAGCUUCUGCGAAGGAAAGACGAGCAAAUCAUCUCUUUAUUGGAAGAGAAGGUCCACAUCUUCAGGGACCUGGGCGACUCUAGUCCCGCCCCUGAUGAUCCCAGCCCACCGGUCAGAGAGCGGAUGUUGUUCAUGGCCACACCCGACGACGUCACCAAGGGGGAGCCAAUCAUGAUGGACGCCCUGAGGGAAGUGGAGACCCUGCAUGGCUUGGUCAACAGCGGCUGCAGUGUUCCAGUCGGCCUGACAGGGGGCAGCGUGGGACCGGUCUGCCUGCCCAGGAGAGCGGAGACAUUCGGGGGCUUCGACAGUCACCAGAUGAACAGCAGCAAGAAUGGAGACAAGGAGGAGGGGGAUGAAUCACUGGACCUCCGUAGGACUGAGUCAGACAGCGUGUUGAAGAAGGGAGCCACCGCCAGCCUCCAGAUGUUGCUGAAGAGAAACCAUGAGCAGGUGCAGCACAGUGUGACGCAUCUUCACGGCCUGCUGAUCUCACUUCAGGCCGUGGUAGUGCAGCAGGACUCGUACAUCGAGGACCAGCGGCAGACGCUGAGCGAACGGCUCACCGCCAAUUCUUCCAGACACUCGUCGUCCUCCUCGCUUUCGUCGUCUUCCUCGUCCCGCCCUUCCUCCCUCAUCGAGCAGGAGAAACACAGGAGCCUGGAGAGACAGCGGCAGGAGGCGGCCACCCUGCAGAAACAGCAAGCUGCACACCAGGAGGAAAAGAGGAGGAGAGAGAAGGCGUGGGAGCUGAAGGACAGGUGUCUGGCAGAGCGGGAGGAGAGGCUAAGAGCAGACGAGGACCAGACCCAGAUGAGGCAUCGGGAGGUGACGGAGGAGUGGGAGGCGCUCCGGAGGAGGAAAGAGGAGUACCAGGUGGAGCUGGAGAGGCUGAGGGAGGCGCAGAGGAGGCUGGACAGAGACAAGGAGGCUCUGAAGAGAGACACCGAGAGACUUGAGGCCAUGAAGAAAGACGAGUCGGAGCAGCUUCAUCGGUACCAGCGGACUCCCUCCACCACCUCCGAGGAGUCCAUAAGGUUCCACAGCUCCGGGUCUCUGGACCUCGAGCCGAAGGAGGCAGCAGAACAGCCGAAAGUGGUGGAGCUCUCAACCUCCGCCCCGACCAAAGAGCCUUUCCUCCGCAUCGGAUCCAAGAGGAUGAAGAAAAACUUCAACCCCUUUUCCUCGUCAUCCUCCUCCAAGACUCAGGGAGCAGAGAAGGAGGCGCAGCUCCCCAACAGGCUGCUUCAGCUGACCAAACCCAAGGAGAAGAAGGACAAGAGGAAGACGAAGGGCAAAGCAGAGCAGACACAGACAGCUGGAGUGAUGUUGGAUCCUCAGAACGACGGGGACAUCUUCUUCUGCUGAGGACAGGGACAGCUUACAUGUGGACCCCUGAGUGACCCCUUAGCUCUCUAUUUGGAAAUGAAAUGCCCACAUGGGUCUCCUUUGCAGGCCGCAUGGACUUGGACACUGUCCCGACCGAAAGGAAGACGAUCCAACUAACCUGCAACAAGCACUGACCUCCUCCAUGAGUCCCCAGCUGAUGUCCCGUUGAGCUGGGGACUCAAUCAGGGGGUCUUUGAUCAACAAGUACGCCCCUCCCCUCCCCUCCCUCCUUCCAUUAGUAAAUCCAUCAAGAGGAAGAGGUAUUCCUGAUGUCUCCUGGCUGUAGGGACCCUCAAACCUCCUCCAGAAUCCAGACUGUAGCUUCAACACUUGUAGUGCCUUAAGUCUCUGACAUGGUCUCCGUCUGAUGGACGCAGUCACUGCAGGACAGGUGCUUCACAAUCGCCAAGCAAAGGAAAUCUGUCAUCAAACAGAUCAGAUGAAUCCAUGAACGCCUUUUUGGUGUGACAAUCACAGCAGUGCAACUUAAAAUACACACAUAUAUAUAUAUAUAUAUAUAUAUAUAUAUAUAUAUAUGUGUGUGUGUGUGUAUUUGUAUGUAUAUAAUGAGUGAGUGAUGCCUCAUUUUAACGGUUUGCCAUUUCCCCUUAAUGAUCUCAUCACACGUUGGUUACAGUCAUUUGCGUGGGAACAUCACUAACAAAUGAGCUGCAUUUAAAUCCAAACCAAUCUGCCUUUCAUAGCUGCAGAUUUUAUUCUUAAUAUAUCGUCAAUGUUUUGUGAUGACACAGAUCCCCAGGAGCUCGUUCUUUUACCCUUUUGUAACAUGUAGCACACCGGUUUUGAGUUGAGUAUUUGAUGUUUAUCUACAUCUCACCCUUUUGCACGUCCAUUAAAACUCUCUGAAACCAUUCGGCAAUGACAGAAUAGUAAAAGUAAUAUAGAAUAAACCGGCUCGUCCUAGAUUCAUACUGUGAUGACGUGGUCAUAUCACGUUUCUGCCUCUACGGUCCAAAUGAACGACCUUUGGCACGUUGAGAAAUGGAACAAAACCAAAUGUGGUUGUUAAUGUUUUACACAUUUAAAACGUCACUUUAACUGAGCUCUGUAGUUCGUUCUUGACUUUUAUUAAUAUCUCCAGAGUUCUCCAGGAGCAUUUGACUUCGUCAGCAGAUUGACUCAAACAUCCACGUUGAUGUAAAUCAAUUUGGAUAAUUGUAUUACUAUAUUAAUAAUAUUGCAUUAAUUUGCCCCUCUGUAAUAAUCGUUGAUUUUAAAAGGAAAAUUAUAAUUUAGUUAAGCCCUACUGAAGUCUUCAAAGAGAGACAAUCAUUGGUUUUACAUUGUAUUUGGUCGAUCAGUACACAUAGAGAUACUGUGGAUUGUCAAAGGAAGGCUCAUGGACGGGCCUUUUAAACGGGGAUAACUAUUUAUAAAUAGUUUCUCUCAAAGGAACUUUACAGAUACUUAAAAUCGACCCAUAAUCCCUUUGAGCGUUGCAUAAAAUCCCCGUUAUUUUGAUCUGAAAAGGACGAAUAGAAGCCAAAGCUCAGUAUCCGUUAAUACCCGACCCCUUCAACAAAAUCCUCCCCCUAUGAACUGAACAUUGCGUGAUUUCCGAUGCUGGUUAUCCUCCUCAGCCCUGCUGCUCCCGUUCAUCCACUGUGCGAUUAAAAAAACCUGCAUUGAUUUUCUUCUCCUGUUCUCUGCUGAGAAGAGCUUCAAGACGCCGGGGCUGGAGAACAAUAUUCCAGCCCUCGGUGGCACAUUGUCCUCUGACACGGAGAGUGUGAGAACACCAGAGGCGGUCGGUCUUCCUUCCGGUCUUCAGGUUCAAGGGCAAAGAAAACCUUCUUUGGAGACUCGAGAAGCAAAUACUGAUUUCUAUCCGUGGAAAUUCUCAUGAAUACCAAUCGAUUACAAAAUGUAAUUUCUUCAGUACCACACAGCAUUAAAACCAGUGACCAGUUAAAGUUCUGCUCCCUAAACAAGAAACUAUAUGCACUCUUUAGUUAAUUAAAUAAAGGGAGGGAGGAAAGGUUAUUUUCAUGUCUGCAUUAACUUGUCAUUCUGCGUGCAGAGGUUUAAUUCUACACUGUACGCUUCAGGCUCUAACCGUUACAAAGAGGCCGCGCGCUACUUUAGCCCUCUAGCUAACGUCAACGUGUCUUCUGCUGGCGAAAACAGCUUUUUAACUUUAAUGCUAACGUCAUUUUGAAGAGAGAGUUAGCUAACCGACUAACGACACGCUAAGAACUAUGUGAGCACAAACAUGGCUCAGUUUACAUGUUGAAUCAUGUAGCUAUUCUAUAACAGAACAGUUUAGCGUGUAAGCUAUUUUUAGUGUCACCAGCCUCUUCACACACUGAUGGUUUUCUUUUUCUUGCUUUUCACUGACAGAAAAUAUUUUUAAAAAUUCCUUUAUAUGUUAAUAAAAUAAUCACCUAAUUUGGAUUCCAGUCGGAAUGGAGUAGAUGAACUGAAAUAAACCAAAAAAACACAUUUGAAGGGAAGUGUCUCAGAUGGCAAUCCUUGUGAAUGUAUUACAGUGUUUAACAUGUUGAAUCUGAAUGUAUUUCCCACUCAUGGUUUUUGCUGUAAUGCGGAGCUAUGAAUUCAGCUACCUAAUUUUUCUGAAAUUAGCAAGCACAUCGCACAUAGUGGCAGUCUCGCUUCUGCUGUGGAGAGAAGGAUCAAUUCAUUUAAAUAUCGACAUUAGAUUUACCAGCUGUGGUGCAGCGGCUUUCACUCGUCCUGUAAUUUUGAAUGAGUGGAAGUGACUCCAGAGGAUCCACAAAACGUUCGAUACACAAUGUGCCGCUUUGGAUGUCUCGAUCGUAAUAAGCUAAAGUGACAGAAGCUCGGAGGUUUGUGGUGGUUUGGGCCCCCCUCUCUCCUCCCUAACGUUGUUCCAUUCAGCGUGCGCUAGAAUUUUAAUAAAACCAUUCAUAAGGACUUUUACACACUUGCAUUAAACCGUGGGCUUUUUGAAAUGUAUUUGUACUAAAAACAAAAGGUACAAUGUUUGUUUCUCAUUUUAUGUACAAAGAAAGGGCAAAGCAACACAUUUUGUAAAUAUAUUUUAUGUACAAAUUUCAAACUAUGAUAACUGUGGAUUUUGUUUAGUUGGAUGAUUUUUUUUGUUAAAUAAAUAAAGCUUUAUUUAUCUUUCCUCUU